AUCUGCUCUGAUCAAUCACAGACCCGUGACACGUGACCUCUCGGUGACCUCUGACCGGCUGAAAAUCCGGCUCUGUGAUUGGCUGAGCAGAACAGACAGGUGAAGAUGGCGGCUCGUGUGUCCGCGCUGCUGCUGCUACUGCUGCUGCUGCUCGGACUCUCCUCCUUCUCCGCCGGUCCCGGACCGGACUCAGAGCGCGGCAGGAUGGAGCUGUGGCGCGUGCAGACCCUCGCCUCCCAGCCCAGGUACGGAGGUUGCUGGGCGCGAGCGCUGGAGAACCUGGACACGCGCUGUAAGGACCUGACGGCGGAGAGCCAGAGCCGGAUCGCGCUGAGGUUCACACACUGUCACCUGAGCAGCUCAGGUAGAGAUUUCCCAUCAUGCCCUGAGGGGUCAGAGGUCAGCAGGUGUACAGGUGGGAUGGACGCCGUGGCCUUUAACACCUACACCGAGUUCUACACCCACACACACUCCAUCUGUCACUUCCUGCAGUCUGAGGCCUGGCAGAGCCGCGCUGAAAACACCAUGUACAGGUUGACCGAGAGCUCAGCAGGUGUGGCGGAGCAGCUUCAGUCCACCAGACAGAUGGCGGAGGAUCUAAUUGAAGCCCAGAGUGCCGCCUUACAGGCUCAGCAGGAGAUUCUGACCAAUGGAGAGGAGCUGAGAGUCACCCUGAGAGACUCCACUCAGGGCCUGCGGGCGGUGUUCUCGGAGCUCAGCAGUGUCUCCAGGGAGCAGCAGGUGGCGCUGUCUGAGCUCUUUAACAGAGUUUCCUUCCUGCAGAGUUUCCUGCUGAUGGAGACUCACAGUCUGAGCUCCUGCUGCUACAACGCUGCAGCUCUCUGCGCCGCCUUCCUCCUCACCUCCACCCAGCGCUCCUCCAGAGCCAGGUUGGUGUUGUUGGGUUUGGUGUGUCUGAAUUUCUACCUGGAGAGGAAGAUCUUCCAGUUAGUCACGAGCUCUGAUCAUCCUGAGCACCAGCACAUGGAGCUGGUGGCGGCGUACGUCGGCGCGCUGCGGCGGCUCAUGGUGUGUGUGGGCGUGUGUGUCCUGGUGUGUGUGUGUGUGCGGUACAGAGACCCGGUGCAGCAGAGUCUGCAGGUGCUGCAGCAGCUCAGAGAGACGCAGCGCGGCCUGCAGGAGGCGCUGCAGCACGCAGAGAGUUUAACAGAGAGACGGAGGAAGACGACAGAGGAGAGUCAGCUUCAGGUGAAGAGAUCAGAGAGCAGAAGAAGAAGAGAGGAGGCGCUGAGGAGGAGACAGGAGGAAAAAGGACAAGAGGAGGAGGAGGAGGAGAGCAGCACGUCGUUGUGUCUAACCACAAACGACUCACACCUGUCUCACCUCUCACACACCGGUGGGAGCUCUGACUCUCUCCUCAGAUCAGCUGACUCCGCCCUGCAGCCGUACACUACCCACAAUGCCUCAGUGAGUGCAGGCAGGCGUCCUCGUCGCUCCUCCUCCUCCUCCCUUCUGGUCUACAGCGUCCUGGUGGAGGACAAACAGCCUCGGUACAGCCUGAGGAGCCGACGAUCAGAGACUCACUGACUCCACCCAGACUCCACCCUGAUCCACAGUCAGACCUCUGCCUUUUAAACAGUUUGUAUCAAUAAAGAGUUUUAACCAGAGAAA